AUGAGGAAACUGAGGUUCAGAAAUGGCAAGGUAUUUGCCUAUGUCCAUGUAGUAGCUCGGGAAUUGAGUCAAGGCUGGGCCCAAGUCUGGGGGAAAGGCCUGCUGGUCCUCGAGGGGCCCAAGUGGUUCCAGCACCGCAAGCUGCUCACGCCUGGCUUCCAUUAUGACGUGCUGAAGCCCUACGUGGCCAUGUUCGCUGACUCCACGUGCGCCAUGCUGGACAAGUGGGAGAAGAAGGCUCGGGAGGAUAAGAGCUUUGACAUCUUCUGCAACGUGGGCCACAUGGCGCUGGACACGCUCAUGAAGUGCACCUUCGGCAAAGCAGACGGUGGCCUGAGUCACAGGGACAGUAGCUACUACCAGGCGGUCAGUGAGCUCACUCUGCUGACGCAGCAGCGCAUGGAGUCCUUCCAGUACCACAAUGACUUCAUCUACUGGCUCACUCCCCACGGCCGCCGCUUCCUGCGGGCCUGCCAGGUGGCCCACGACCACACAGACCAGGUCAUCAGGGAACGGAAGGCAGCCCUGCAGGAUGAGAAAGAGCGGGAGAAGAUCCGGAACCGCAGGCACCUGGACUUCCUGGACAUUCUCCUGGAGGCUCGGGAUGAAGAUGAGAUCAAGCUGUCAGACGCAGACCUCCGGACUGAGGUGGACAUGUUCAUGUUUGAAGGCCAUGACACCACCACCAGUGGCAUCUCCUGGUGUCUCUACUGCGUGGCCCUGUACCCCAAGCACCAGCAGCGCUGUCGGGAGGAGGUCCACGAGAUCUUCGAGAACUGAGACUCCUUCCAGUGGAGAGUGAGGCUGCAGGAUGAUCUGGGCAAGAUGACCUACCUGACCAUGUGCAUCAAGGAGAGCUUCCGCCUCUACCCGCCCGUGCCCCGGGUGUUCCGCCAGCUCAGCAAGCCUGUCGGCUCUGUGGAUGGCCGCUCUCUGCCUGCAGGCAACCUGAUCUCUCUGCACAUCUAUGCCCUCCAUAGGAACAGCACAGUGUGGCCUGACCCUGAGGUCUUUGACCUCCUGCGCUUUUCCCUUGAGAAUGUGGCCAGACGCCACCCCUAUGCCUUCAUACCCUUCUCCGCUGGACCCAGGAACUGCAUCGGGCAGCAGUUUGCCAUGAAUGAGAUGAAAGUGGUCACGGCCCUCUGCUUGCUCUGCUUUGAGUUCGCCCUGGACCCCUGCCGACCAUCCAUCACAAUGCCCCAGCUGGUCCUGCGCUCCCGGAAUGGCAUCCACUUCCACCUGAAGCCGCUGGGCUCAGGCUCUGGGAAGUAGCUCUGCCGAGAGUAGGGCCCAGACAGCCCAGGCCGUGGCCUGACCCUGGGCA